ACAAUAACAACAGCAACAACAACAGCAGCAACAACAAAUAUUAAAGAAAAUAUAAGAAAAAUAUAAAUUAAUCAGAAUGUAAAUUGGUGGGGAGUACUAAGCUCGCAGGUGUUUGUUCUUAUCUGUAAGGUGCGAAACAGAUAAAUAAAAACUCAAUCGAGAACUCCGAACAUAUCGGAACAAAUUAAUUCGAUUUAGAAAUAUCGAAUAAAACCAAUAAAAAAUCAACUAUAAACAAAAACAACAACUGCGAAAAGAAACAAUCUACAUUAGAAAACAGCUUUUUUGAUAAGCCUUUCUGUUUCGAAAGCGAGUCAUAAUUACUUACUUUCAGUGGAGAAAACAAAGCGCAUGUAAACGGUGGUGUAGCAGGGCAAAGUGAAAUUGAACGGUGAAAAACAUAAAAAUUUCAAGAAUUAGACAACUUGAUUUUUAUGUACAAAUACAUUGCGGAAGCUUCGAAUUUAAAAAAUAGCAAAUAAUAGCAAUGACCUCAAACGAUUACAUCACAGGUAACGGUUCCAGCACUGCAACUAAACGCAGUUCCAUAACUGUUAACCGUAAUGGCGCCGCCCCACCAAUUGAGUUGAGUGAAAACUUUUACAUUAUCAACAAAAGGAAGAGUAAUGUUAAAAUACAAGUUAAGCUGAACGGUGCUGGCAUAUAUUUACGUCGGGAAACGGAAGAAAGUGACCAGAUUAAUGAACAGCUUAUACGCCUCGAGGAUAUAAUAGGCAGUCGGUACGGUUUACGUAUAAAGAAAAAUAAAAGUGCACUUCGUUCCUGCAAACGCAUAUCGGACGUUGAAGACGACGGUAGUGUAAGUGCCGCGGGUGUGGGAGCUAAUGGAGAACCUCAAAAAGAUAGUAGUGCUUACUUGUAUAUUUACGCUUAUGUUAAACGCGAGAAACCUUUCCGACGUAAUCAAACAGUACGCAUAUUACGUUUUCGCACACAUGAAACAUACGAACAAAACCUAAAAAUAGCAGAACGUUGGCAUCACGGAAUACGUAUCAAUAAAGAUGGAUCACAUAAUUGGGCCAUGGAACGUAGGCAGCUAUUGAUAUUGUUAAAUCCUAAAUCGGGUUCAGGAAAAAGUCGUCAACUAUUUCAGAACCAAGUGGCACCUGUGCUCAAAGAAGCAGAAGUAUCUUAUGAUUUGCAAAUAACUACACAUUCAAACUUUGCAAGGGAUUUGGUGCGAACACGUAAGGAUCUGUUGAAACAAUAUAGUGGAAUAUUAAUUGCUUCAGGUGAUGGCUUAUUCUAUGAGGUACUUAAUGGUUUAAUGGAACGUAGUGAUUGGCGUUUGGUUAGUCAACACAUGCCGCUUGGUAUAAUACCAUGUGGUUCAGGUAAUGGUCUAGCAAAAAGCAUAGCGCAUUUGUAUAAUGAACCUUACGAACCGAAGCCCAUUCUGCAUGCUACAUUGGCUUGUGUUUCUGGGAAAACAACGCCUAUGGAUAUUGUGCGUAUAGAAUUCGGUAAAAGUGCAAAGAGCACAGAAAUUUAUUCGUUUCUCUCAGUUGGUUGGGGACUUAUAGCUGAUGUAGAUAUUGAAAGUGAACGUUUACGUUCGUUGGGUGCUAAACGUUUUACACUUUGGACUAUUAAUCGUUUAAUAAGUUUGCGUACGUAUAAAGGAAAACUAUGGUAUCUACCCUGGGAGAAGGAGAGUAAUGAUAAAAAAGUAUCAAUUAAUAACCAUAACAAAGCCAAUGAUAAUGUGACAAUAAAUAAUGGAAAUUGCUAUGAAGACGUAAAGCCACAGAAUGAGUUUGUAGAUACAACAGAGUUUCAUGAUAUUCUCGAAAUACCUGAGGUUGAUUUGGAAAAUGAUGACGAAUUCGAGGAUGCUAUGUCGUUAAAUGCUAGCUCACAUUUAAAUGUGAAUAGCUGGAACUCAGCUAUCUCAAGGCAAACUGCUUAUUUUUCACUUGGUGGGCAGAGCAGUAUACGUUCACGUCGCAGUAUUUUAAGCAAAAUUGAAACCGCCAAUGCAGAACUGGAAGCGAAACCACCUACAGCUACAAUACCAUCAUUGAGUAUGCCGCUUUCUACUGAUACUUGGCGAUACGAGGAGGGCGAGUACGUUAUGGUGCAUACUGCUUCUACAACACAUUUAUCCAGCGAUUGUCUUUUCGCACCAGAGUCUCAAUUGAAUGAUGGGAUUAUUUAUAUGGUGAUUAUACGUGCAGGCGUCAGCCGUUCUCAGCUUAUUCCCUUUUUCUUGAAUCUAAGCACUGGAACACAUUUGCCCGAAUCACCCACAGAACAUAUACAAGUGAUUAAAUGUCGAGCUUUUCGUAUUGAACCCCAAGGUGAAGAAGGCAUUAUUACUGUAGAUGGUGAGCGUAUCGAGUAUGGCCCGAUACAAGGGGAAAUAUUACCAGGUGUAAUUAAUGUUAUGGUACCAAAUGGAAAGUAGUUAUACAAGAGGUACAAUAUAGUAUAUAGAUUUGUAUAAUAUAUGUAUUAGUGCACAAAGCAUUUUUGUGAUAUAAAUUUUAAUAUUG